GUGUGCUCAAACUGGUACCACUUGGCGGCGAUGUUGAGCCAUGUGUGUUACGGUCUUGCGAGUUUCAAAAUAGUCGAAGAAGAAAUUGGAACAUUUUCGAGUGGUGGAUGAGCAUCCAGCAUUAGGCGAAGACCAUGCCGAACCGCUGUUGUGCAUAUGGCUGUGGAAAGUCCUACGAUCAGAAUGUGACGCUCUUCCGCUUCCCCAAAGACCCUGAGGACUUUCAGAAAUGGGAGAAGCAGGUUCAGAGGACCCGCAGCAACUGGGUCGCCAAAGCCUUCUCCCACCUGUGCAACGAGCACUUUGGCAAGGACUGCUUCGAAUCCAGACCCAACUACAUCAACAAGACCAUAGGAAACAAAGGCCUGAAGCUGAAAGAGGGGGCCGUGCCGACCGUGUUCAUCCGCCCCUUGUGCAGGUCCUGUGGGGGCCGUGGCUCAGGCUGCCCUGUCUGCACCUCCAGAGGGAAGCGCCAGGGUCUGUGGAUUCAGCCAAGGGAUUGCGGCACGGUGUGUAACACCAACAGAGAGGAUGAUGCGCCCAAAUGGGCUCCUCCUUAUGGUAGUUCAGAGGAGGAGGAGGAGGAAGAGGAGGAGGAGGAGGAUGAAGGUGAAGAUGACAUGGAGGAUGAGGAGGGAAUGGAGCCAUUUGAUGAAAAAGACAAAGAUCUUCCUGCUGUCUGUGAGAUGUGUGGGAACUCAGGCAUCAAAGGUGACUUCUACUCCAAAACCAAGCGAUUCUGCAGUGUCUCCUGCUCACGGUCCUUUUCUUCCAACUCUAAAAAGUCCUCCAUUUUGGCUCGACUACAGGGAAAACCGCCCACAAAGAAAGCCACAGUGUUGAACAAGAGUGGUUUUACAGGUGUCCUCCAAACACAGCCUGUGGUGCCCCUACAGGAUGCUCCAGCCCUUGGGAAAGAUACAGCAACACAGAAUUUUGAUUGGGGUGGUUAUCUGGACAAACACAACAGUCCUGCAGCAUCAGUGUCCUCCUUUAGACAUGUUCCUCUCUCAGACAAGUGGGACGACAUCAGAGAGGGUAUUAAAGUGGAGAUUGUCAACCACAAGGCUACUUUACACGGAAAGGUCUAUUGGAUCGCCACCGUUAUCAAACUAUCAGGUUAUAAUGUUAAGCUUCGCUUUGAGGGCUUUGAAGAGGACAGCAGCCAGGACUUCUGGUGUAACCUGGGCAACGCAGAUAUCCACCCAAUUGGCUGGUGUGCCGUAAACAGCAAGCUACUCGUGCCUCCACCCUCGCUCCAUCAGCAGCUGGCGGACUGGAAGACCUAUCUGAUGAAGAGGCUGGUGGGAGCCCUCACACUGCCUGUGGACUUCCACAUCACGUUGGCGGAGGCGAUGCGAUGCCCCUUCCGCCAGGGAAUGCGCGUAGAGGUGGUGGACCGGGGGCUGGUGAGCCGGACGAGGCUGGCGAUGGUGGACACGGUGGUCGGGGGUCGACUACGGCUGCUGUACGUGGUGGGCGGCCAGGUGGCCAAAGACCAGGAGUUUGCAGACUUCUGGUGCCACAUAUACAGCCCUCUGGUGCACCCAGUAGGCUGGUCCUACAGUGUGGGACACCUCAUCAAGGACUCAGGAUAUCCUGAGCAGUCACCAGCACUCAGCAAGUUGUCUUUUGAAAGUUUCCCUAGUUUAUUCAAGAAGCCCAGGACCGUGUACAUGGAGGGUGGCUUUUUUAAGGAGGGGAUGAAGCUGGAGGCCAUUGACCCUCUGAAUCUGGGGAACAUCUGUGUCGCAACCGUGCGGAAGGUGCUUCUGGAUGGCUACAUCAUGGUGGGCAUUGAUGGUGUCGAGAUCGGCGAUGGCUCUGAUUGGUUCUGCUACCAUGCCAGUUCGCAUGCCGUCUUGCCCACGGGAUACUGUGAUAAGAACAACAUCCCCCUCACUGUUCCUCCUGGUCAAGACUCUUCAACUUUCACUUGGGAUAAAUAUCUGGCAGAAUCGCAUGCAAUAGCUGCUCCUAAAAGGCUUUUCAACACGGAUGAGGUGGGCCACGGUUACAUCCCUGGCAUGAAGCUGGAGGCCGUGGACCUGAUGGAGCCGCGGCUGGUGUGCGUGGCCACCGUCGAGCGCUGCGUGGGACGCCUGCUGCUGCUGCACUUCGACGGCUGGGAGUCCGAGUUUGACCAGUGGGUGGACUGUGAGUCUCCGGAUAUCUACCCAGUCGGCUGGUGCGAGCUCCACGCUUACCAGCUUCAGCCACCUAUCAGUCAAGAACCUUCACAGGGGCAGGAGCGCAAGAAGACUAUUAGACCAUACUCAGGAAAAAAGAGUAAGUCUGCGCCAGGGAAAAGGAUCAUGAAAAGGAAGAGUAGCUCCACCACGCCACCCAAACAGUCCCAGAGGCAGGACGAUGCGCCUUCUUCAGACAAGCAGGACGAGUCAGCCGACCAGAUUAUGGAGGACCCAUCCUCAGACAGGCAGGAGGCAGCCGACCAGACUAUGGAGGACCCAUCCUCAGACCAGCAGGAGGCAUUCAACCAGGUUAUAAAGCUGAAGACUGAACCAGAGGAGGAGCCAACAGAGGAGAUAAUUGCUGUGCAGGUGAAAGUGGAGGAAGUGGAAGCGGAGAUGCCCAUCACUUCCUGCCUGUCGGAUACCGAGAGGGACACCCCAGAACCAUCAGUGGCGGACGUCAAGAGGGAGAUGGACGAGACACAAGACGAGGGAGCCGUGUGACCCCCCCCCCCCCCCCCCCUUCUGUGACCAGAACUCUGUGUAGUAGACAUCCUCGGGUGUUUCAGGACUAUGGCAAAGUUAUUAGUUGUGUUGCCUGCAUUUAGGCACUUCAGGGCAGAUGCGCAGUCAUUCGUCUUUUCAUGAUGGCCACCGUACAGACAUGUGCACACAGUGAGGAAAACCAAAAUGAUUCACGUCAUCCGUACAAAGUGGUCGUUGAGCUCACGUUUCCCCCCCGUUCCAGCUCCACUCAGAUGAGCCCUGCCUAUUAUUGUAUGUGGGCUGAGUAAGCCGCUCGGUGAUUUGUUACUUCUCCAUUCAUGGCAGUCUGUAUUACAGCUGUGAGAUGCCACUGGUUACAAUAGAGCAAGGAGUGCUCUAUUACAGGAUGUAUUAUUACUUUUGUUGAAACUUUCAGUUACAGUAUCUGUUUUACGGUUGCGUAGAAGAUAAAUCACAUUAAAGUGAACUUUGUGUAACUCUU